GACGUGCCAUUUUGGCUGAAUAAAUUCAAAUUGCGUCUUUUCACAUUGGAAAUAACUGCAUCAAGAGGACCGCUGUGUUUUUCCGGUCCGAGCCAGUCCGAAUUUGAACUUCCGGAACGAUCCGCUUCUGUCUGACGAACAUGGCUGCCUCGUGGGUGCUCAGGAGAUGGUGCACCACCUCUGUAGCAGCAGCAGCAGCACCCAUUAAGGGCACCCGAUGGGAGAGGUUGAAAAAUAGCAAAUUGGGUAAGAAAUCUAUCUAUCUCUUGGUUGCCAUGUUAGCCCACCACGCCUUUACGAACCUGAACUAACUCAUGAUCUUCUUGCUUAGCUAACUGUCUUGCCAAAGUCAUUCAUGAUGUUAGCAGAUUGUGUGACAUUAGCUUCAAACAUACUGUAUCACGUUGUGGCUUUUACAGUAGUUAGAUUUGAAAAUGUACUUCAUACACUUCUAUGUAAAGGCAUUGCUAGCUUUUGAUCCUCCACAGUUGCCCCUGCUUGCAAUCACAGGGUGGAGGAAGGCACGUGACUGAGGUUAUUGCUGUGACCUCUCUCUGAGACAACCCCUGUCAGCUUGGAGAUGGAAGAUGCAAUACCAAUACAAUUGAGUGUUGGCACACAAAACAUAACUGUGUGCAUGCCUCAUUACCAUGUCUAAGAAUGUUGUCUGUUCUGCCUUUGUUUUAGUAAACCACCUAUCUUAUCUCAUGUGAAUGCUGUCUGUCUCUCACAAUUCUCUCCCCUCUCCAUCAGGUGUGUGGUUCAGCGGCAUGUCCAGAGACUACAAGGAGGCGUGUCGUGAGAUUGUGGUGGGUGCGUGGGAGAGGCCAAUCAAAGCUUCCCUCUAUCUGGGCCUCCUUGGUGGAGCCGGCGCCUGCAUCUACACCAACCCAGACGACGCCUCCUUCGAGACCACCGUCCUGGAUAUGGCCAAUCAGCUCGGCCUCCUGACACCGUGGAUACGCAGUGGGACGUCGGAUGGGCACGUGCAGAAGCUGGCGAAGCUUCGUAACGAGGGCAGGUUACGUCACCUCAGCCUGGGCAUGGUCUCACUCACCUACUUUGCCGACUACAACCCGGACGCCAGCCUCUACGAGGCCCAGUGCUCCAAACUCUCUGUCCCCUGGAGGGAGCUCCACACGCGGGUACUGGAUGUGGGCUUUGCGGGCCGCUGGUGGAUCCUGGACCAUAAGAUGAAGGACUAUGAUGUGAACGACGAAGAGUUCAAGCACCUGCCGCCCGCGAUGGCCGCCACAGUGCCCCCUGGUGUCCAGGGGGUGGAGAAGAACGAGAGGCUGCACAAAGAGUCAUGGAUGCCCCUGAAGACGGAGGAGGACGAGGAGAAGGAAAAGGCAUCCGCAGCCACAGAGGAGGAGGGAGGCAUUGUAGAACAGAUAAAGAUGGGCAGUUUAGAUCUUGUAGAAAAAGUAAAGAUGGGCAGUGGAGAUCUUGUUGAAACAAUCAAAAUAAAGACAGGCAUUGUAGCUCAACCACAGGAGCUACCUGACCCAGAACCACAGGAGCUGACACUGACAAAGACUGAGACGGCGACACAGGAGUAGCAGACACAAGCUCAAGCAAAGGCCUAAUGUGUCAUGGACCAAUGGACUCACACUAGCAGGACAAUGAUUGGCGGACACAGUAUCAGGUCAAGGUCAUGAUUGGCAGACAUAAUGAGAUGGCUGAACAAGAAUCUCUGAAUGGAUAUAUUUAUUAGAUUUUGACAAGAUGGUAUGCGAGAGGUGUAAAGUGUGUAUAUGAGUAACUGCUGCACUGUGUAACGUGUUAUAUAGCGCCCAAGCCUAUUAACACUGUGGACUAUAGCCACACAUGACAUGAUGAUAAAGGGUCUCCUUUAUUAAAUAUAUUACUGUUAACAGUUUACUAAUGAUACUUAUUUGAUAUAUAGUGCUCUGUACAGAGAUAUUUUAUGCCAUGGUCAGCAACCUGUUAAAGAGAUUCUCUAAACAGACACUACAAACUUCAACUAACUUAAGAGGAUUCUCCGGUACUUUUUAUAUUAUUUUUAGCCAGUAGUUCUGAAAGU